AUGAAAUAUUUAAUAUCAAUAAUUGUUCUUACUUAUUUGGCUAUUGCAUUUUCAUUAAAAUGUGAUAGUUAUUACCAAUACCAAGUUGGAGGCUUUCAAGCACAAUCUUUAGAUCAUAUUAUCAGUGGUUGUGAUGCAUGUGGAUAUCUUUAUUCAAAUAUUACAGAUUUUAACAAUUUCCGUGGUUUUUUUUCUGGUUGCCUGUUUACAGCAAAAACUUUAGCUAAAAAGUACGAUGGUAAAGUUUUUAAUAUGACAGAAUUUUCAACAACUUGUGAUAAAAAUAACAAAGAUGGUAUACCAUACUGUCAACAAAUAAUUUCAACUGAUGAUGGACACACAAUGUUUGACUCCAAAAUAUGUUGUUGCAGUACGGAUACAUGUACAAGACCUUAUUUUCAAAAAACUAAACAGUAA